UUAUACUUUCUUACAGCAGAAAUAUGGGUGGAGGAGGAUGAGGCAAGGACAUUAAAAGGAGAAACCGGGCUACCUCAGGUCCUGCCUCCGUGAUAGUUCUAUUUCCCCUCCUGAUGGAUCAGUGUGCUGAAAAACUGCCCGAGGAGGUUCCCUGGGCUCUGGGGACACUUGCUCAGGGCUCCAGCACUAAAUAGAAGGGAAGGCCAUGGAGACUUCAGGAUCACUUCAAGACCACAGUCGAGUCCACGGAGAAUCAGAAGAUCUAGACCAUGGAGAGACGGAUUUCCACAAGCAAGACCAGGAGGCUGAGCUCUAUUCUCAAGAAGAGGAUGAGAAAGGCAAGUCUUCCUCCUCUUCAUCCUCCUCCUCCUCAUCCUCCUCCUCAGGUGCUGAGCAUGGGGAGCCUGACGUUUUGAAGGAUGAGCUUCAACUCUAUGAAGGUGCCCCCGGGGAGGUGGUGCCGUCUGAGGAAUCAGGACUCCGAAGGAGAGGCUCUAACCCAGAGAGUGGAGAAGUGGAGCCCUCCCAGUUAAGAAGACUAAAUAUAAAGAAGGAUGAUGAGUUUUUCCAUUUCAUCCUCCUCUGCUUUGCCAUUGGGGCCUUGCUGGUGUGUUAUCACUAUUACACAGACUGGUUCAUGUCCCUUGGGGUCGGGCUGCUCACCUUCGCCUCCCUGGAGACCGUUGGCAUCUACUUUGGCCUGGUGUACCGGAUCCACAGCGUCCUGCAUGGCUUCGUUCCCCUCUUUCAGAAGCUUAGGCUGAUAGGCUUCAGGAAGACCGACUGAGACCAGUGCCAGGUGGGCAGCCAGGCCAGGCCCCGGCGUGACCACCACUGCAUCCUUUCAGCCCACGAGGAUAGAGCAGCGUCCUGGGAGACGCGCGGGCGGGCCAAGCUAGAGCAAUAAAGAGAGCGCUUUGCCUUCCA